CGAUUUCCUGACCUUUACAUUCUGCACUUCAACACGCUCACUUGACCUGUUUCGACAGCGAUAAAAUAUGAAGCCUUCCACCAUCCUCUUCUGCGCCACCACCGCCCAAGCCGCCGUCGUCUGGUGGCCACAACAGCAACCCCAUCACCCCCCAGGAGAGCCAUGUCCCCAUCACCGUCAAGAAGGCCAAGUCUCCGAACACGUCACACAAACCGGUCCUUUCUCUCUCCGCUUCCCAUUCUUCAGACACAUCCGCAUCACCUGGCCACUUUCCCACAGACCCAUCCUUCCAUCUCCCGCUGAGAUUGCCGAUCAAGUUUUCGAUGACAUUGAUCGACCUCCACAAGCCGAACCCAUUCAGCAACAAGAAGAGGAGAAGGAAGUGACCAUUCUGCCAUAUACUGGACAUCUUGACCCCGAGGAUUUCCCUCCGAAGGCGGAAGAAUUUAAGCCUGAAGAAGAAGAGGACGAGGAGGAAGAUGAAGAUGAAGAAGAAGAAGAAGUUCAUGAAGACCUUCGUCGUAGGGCAAAACCGGCCAACAAACAUAGAAGACUCGGACGACGUGAAUUCCUGCCAGGUCCUGCGAUUUAAAUUCCUACACGGUAUAAAAGAACGAAGAACUAUUCUUCUGCCCACACACACACACCACCCGGGGAUAUGGACAAUGUGCCGAGUGGUGGAAGAGAUUACACACAAUAGUAGUUACCUAGUAUCUCUUCAUGGUUUUUAAAGGCACGGAGAGUAAAUGUUUUUGGUUGUUCAGAAUUGAAGAUUUUAUGAUUUAGAGUACUGUACCGUGUUCCUAUAUUCGCAAAGUUUUUUUUUUGUGAAAUGAAUGAGAGAGAGAUGUAACCUAUGAAUUGAUUGAUAGGAUCCGGAUUCCUUGAGUUUGUUUUGACAUGUCGUUUUGGUUUUGGUUUUGAAGAUUCCACGUAAGAGAGAGAAAUGAAAUGACAUGAAUUCUUUGUUG